CAUUAACCUAAUACCUUCAUCUUCAAUCAUCUACAUUCUUGAAUCAAGUAAGCAAUCUUCAAUCAUCUUCAACACCAUCUUCAAUCACUUCAAGCAUCUUCAAUCAAAAAUGGUGCGCACAAUGUUUACUGAUAGAGAGGGUCGUAUUAUACUCGACCAAGGGACUGAUAGAGAGGGUCGUGUUAGACCAACCGCUUCUGCACGGGCUCACCGUGCUCAGCGUGAAUUGCGUGGACAGCGAAGAUUACAGAAUCAACAAGUAGAACAUGCGCAACCAGAACAGGGGCAAGCAGAAGAGGCCCAAGCGAAUGAGGCCCAACCUGAAGAAGUCCAAGCGGAUGAGGUCCAGGCUGAAGAGGUCCAAGCGGAUGAGGCCCAACCUGAAGCAGAUGACGGAUAUCCUGGUGGUCCGGUUGACAGGUCUGUCCUAAAGACAUACGGGGAUCAUGUUGCGACACGACUAUGGGACGACGUG